AUGGUUGACGCACCGAAGCCGCUACCUAACAACAGGUACAAAAAUUUGGACCGCAUAUUAACAAUUCUAAUUCAGGCCUUUGUCACUUUGGCAACAGUACGGGCCAUCGGAGAAAACGGUUCGGGGAAUCGUGAUCGGUGGAAUCACGGGCGGUAUCGAAAUCUGCAUCACUUUCCCCACGGAAUACGUCAAAACACAACUACAGCUCGAUGAACGCUCCUCAACACCCAAGUUCAAGGUUUCGUGCUUUUCCUGUGAAAAAUGGCGAAAAUUAUUAGGAAUCUGUAGAUUUUGUGUUUUUUUUUUUGCCGACUUGAAAGGCAAGUCUUUUAAAUUUUUUCUUUCUCGGGAUAAAUUCUUUCCUUUUUUAUUUGACUUUUUUUUCAAGUCUGUAGCGUUUCGUUUAUUUUUUUUCUAAACCGAAUAUGUUCAAGAACACGAUUUAUAAGAUUUUUUUAAAAAAAUUUUAAUUUCCAUCGAGACGCAUUGCUCCUCAAUUAUGGACGCACCAAAAUUUUAGUGUUUUUUGAGAAUGUAUUUUUUGAUUUUCAUGUUCCAGCCCGAAACUUCGAAGGUUUUUUGAAGAGCUUCAAAUCAGAUCAUUAGCUUUUCAUCUUGCAUUUUUCAGUUUUAAAAGUUUAGGGGCCAGUGGACUGCUUGAAACAAACGGUCAAAGGUCACGGUUUCUUCGGCUUGUACCGAGGACUCUCGGUUCUUCUGUACGGCUCGAUACCAAAAUCGUCUUUCCGCUUCGGAACCUUUGAAUAUCUCAAAUCGAAGGCGGCAGAUGAACGAGGAAACCUCUCUCCCAUGAUGCGACUUGCCUGCGGUCUGGGGGCAGGUAAACCGGAAAAUAACUUUUCUCGGUGAAAUACUUGUCGAUGUCCUCAGGUCUAUCGGAAGCUGUGUUUGCCGUGACCCCUAUGGAAACUGUCAAAGUGAAGUUCAUCCACGACCAAGGCCUUCCGCAGCCUCGCUACAAAGGCUUCGUUCAUGGCGUCGGCUGUAUCGUAAAGAACGAAGGCAUCGGGGUCAAUAUAUAACCCUUUUCGAUCUUAGAAAAUGGGUUUUAGGGCAUCUACAAAGGUGUCACUGCAACGAUGGCCAAACAAGGUUCGAACCAGGCGAUUCGCUUCUUUGUCAUGGAAACAUUAAAAGUACGUUUCGACAAUUUACAAUUGUUAUGUGUGAUUCUUGCCGUUGGACAGAAAAGUAACCGAGUUUUUGAAGAUAAAAAUUAAAAAGAAAAGUUGUGAUUGAAAUUUUUUACUUAAGCUGACACUUUCGCUAAUGUUUUUUUUUGUCUCGUUUUCAAUAUUUUCGAAUAUUUCGAGUUUUGAAGGACUGGUACCGAGGCGGCGACAACAGCGUCGUGAUUUCAAAGCCGUUGGUAGGAUUGAUGGGCGCGAUCGCAGGAGCGGCCUCCGUUUAUGGUUCAGAAAGAAAACUUGAAAAAAGAUCAAUUCGAUACGUUUAGGAAACACUCCGAUCGACGUGGUGAAGACGAGAAUGCAGGGUCUCGACGCGAAAAAGUACAAGAACACGCUGGACUGCGCCCUGCAGAUCUGGCGACACGAAGGCUUCUUCGCCUUCUACAAAGGGACCGUUCCGCGGCUGUCGCGGGUCUGCCUCGACGUCGCCAUCACGUUCAUGAUCUACGACUCGCUCAUCGAGUUCCUCGACCGCUAUUGGAAAAAGAAGUAA